GUCGACCUGCUGCUGCUGCUGCACCUAUGAGUCUCCACGUUAAUGAAUAGCCGCGGCCCGCGCGAGACAUACGAGCUGAUUAUGCCGAGAUAAAGAGCAUCUGACUCGCGCUCCGUCCGAUAAUGGCAUGCGAUGGUUCACCCGCGGAGGAUUUCCCGGGCAAAGUGAUGCCCAGAGCGGCUCCCUGCACGUGCAACAAGAAGUGCAGGAGUCGGAGCAGCAGUGUCGUCUUCCUGGGAUUAUUCCUGCUGUCGCUGUCUCUGCACGCUGUCACCCUCGUCUGCUAUUUGGACCUGCGGUCCGAAGUCAAAAGGGAAAUUAUCCACCAGAAGCGGGACUCCAUGUUGACACUUGCGGGGAGUGACCUGGCUGACCCGGCGGCGGUGCUCUCCUCGCCUGGCCACCCGCGACUGGACUCCGGCAGCAGCCGCGGCGGAGGAGAGGGUCAUGAGGAGAGGUUACUGCACAGAAAUAGCGACUUCCAUGCCACAGAGGAUAACAGGGGCAUAACUCAGCGAGCGAAAAGGAGUCCCGGCAAGCAGCCAGAGACAGAAUCGACAGGAAAGGAAAAAAGGAAAGAGAAGAAAAAAGGGAAGAAAAGGUCUGUGCCGGGGCCCCCUGGUCCCCCUGGUCCCCCGGGCCCACAGGGGCCACCGGGCAUCCCUGGAAUCCCCGGUAUUCCAGGAAGCAUCGGUGUGGGGCCUGCAGGACCCCCUGGACCUCCUGGGCCACAGGGACCUCCGGGCGCGCAAGGUCCAGCAGGGGUACUCGAUAAGACGAAAACAAAGGAAUUCCAGCCUGCAGUCGUUCAUUUACAAGGGCAGGAAACAACCAUCCAAGUUAGAGAAGAUCUGUCUGAAGGCAUCCUUAGGAACUGGAAGAUGGUGUCCAUCCAUCACCGCGUGUUUAAAAUGCACCCUCGCUCUGGAGAGCUAGAGGUGCUGUUGGACGGUGUCUACUUCAUAUAUAGUCAGGUAGAAGUGUACUACCUCAACUUCACCGACAUUGCCAGCUAUGAGGUGAUGGUGGACUCCAACCCGUUCCUCCGCUGCACCUGCAGCAUCGAGACAGGCCAACGCAAGUUCAACACCUGCUACACGGCUGGGGUGAGCCUGCUUCGCGCCGGCCAGAGGAUCUCCAUACGCAUAGUGUACGAGGACACACUCAUCAGUAUGACCAACCACACCACCUUCCUGGGAAGUGUCAGACUAGGAGAGGCUCCAUCUGCUGGACAGAACUGAUAACUACACAGCCACCAGGCCUCCACAGAAAUGAAAAAGUUGCUCACAACGGUCAAAUCAGUCCAGAGUGAUACUGUCCUACCAUUCUGCCUGAUCUAGGAUUUAUGAAUUGAUUAGAACUGUUUUUAGAAGCAACUUCUAGCCCGUGUCUUGCCCCUGUUUAGAGGGCACUUAAAUCCUCUAGGUUAUUAAAGUUGAGGGAGCCCCUGGGUGACUUUAGUUCACGUUCACAGCUCUGUAUUAAAAAGGACAAUAUAGACUGUUAUGGUUCCCCUCACAUUGAUUCUGUGCAAAGAGAUCAGCCUUGAUGAGCCACGUGUCCUCAUCAAACAAAGGUUUCUAUUUAUAGUCACCAUUUUGUGUCAAUACAGACAGCAUCUCUCUUUAUAACAAGGAAGGACACUGCGCUGACAGAUACUUAAUAUUUACAUACUUUUAAGUGCUGUUGAAUGAUAAUCUUGUAUCUCCAAAAACACCAGCUAUUUGAAAUGUUUUAUUUGCAGUUUGUAUACUUGGCCUUUUUAAUUAAUUUAAUUAUAUUAACAGUUAUAAGUGAGUGGUUUAACAAGGGGUUUAAAGCUCCAUAUGCCCCUGGGUUAUAAAAAUGAUUAAAAGAGCAUAUAAAUGUUCAAAGCAAGGACAAAGGUAUCUAUGCAAAGCUGAGAAACCCCAUUAAAACUGGAUUUAUAAGGUAUUCACAGAGCAACAGCACUAUAUAUUUUGCACACAUUUGCACUACAGCAUCCCUGCAGAAUACCAGUGAUAUGUUUUGUUACAGUGCUAUUGUUUAGUUACCAUAUGAGUGAAUCCAUGUGGAAAACUGAUAGUUGUUUAUACGUCUCUGUACAUAUUGUAUAUAAAAUGGGAUAUACUUUUGUAAAUGGAGUUGAUUG